CAUUUACCCGGUUCUCGCAACUCACCUUCCGCUCAUUCUCCCUUUCCAUCUUGGCCCCAUAGGUUUCGUAAGAUGUCAUUCAGUUCUAUAUGACGGUUUGUAAUGCAUGCUGCCUCUUAAGGUAUAUUAUCCCAUCGUCAGGCUGAUAGUAGGUUUAUGAUGUCCGGUCCAUUUGAACUCCCCUUGUUAUCCAGGCUUCUUGUUCUUCUCUAGUCAUCUACCCAGGCCAGAUACUGGUAUAGAAUACUAGCCUAUGAACCUGUGACUCGACAGCCUCACUAUAUUACUGCUCUAUCGUUGCUCUUGGAUUGAUUCUGAAAAUGAAGGUCGCGGGAGUCCUUGCGUUCUUUAUUGGUGUCCAGGCCGCUCCUCAUUAUACCUUUCCCAAGCUUGUUGGGACGUCUGACUGGUCGUCUGUGCGCCAGACGGCCAAUUUCCAGAGUAAUGGACCCGUAACAGACGUCAACAGUGAUGCGAUUCGAUGCUACCAACGGGCUGGCGGUGCACCCGACAUCACCAAGGUCAAUGCGGGUGGUCAGAUAAACUGGCAAGUCGCACCGAACAUCUACCAUCCUGGAGCAUUGUCCGCGUAUAUGGCCAAGGUUCCUAGUGGCCAAACCGCGGCGACGUGGGAUGGAAAGGGAGCUGUUUGGUUCAAAGUCUACCAGGAUAUGCCGUCUGCUAGCGGUGGGCAGUAUAAUUGGCCAUCUAAUGGAAAAUCCCAGAUUGCCUUCACUAUCCCACAGUGUCUUGCUAAUGGUGAUUACUUGUUCCGCAUUGAGCAUGUUGCGCUUCACAGCGCAAGCUCUACGAAUGGCGCCCAGUUUUACAUCUCGUGUGCUCAAAUUACGGUCUCGGGUGGCUCGGGAUCCAAGACGCCAUCAAAUCUCGUCUCCUUCCCCGGCGCCUACAAGAGCAGUGACCCUGGUCUCCUCAUCAAUAUCUACAACAAUGGCGGGAGGACCUACCAGCCUGCUGGCCCAUCAGUAUUCACUUGCUGAGAACAUAUGGCAUUACUUCUGGGGUGACACUGGGAAGCUAAGAGGGAUUAGUGUUCACAGAGAGGAUGCUUUGCCUGUUGAUACCGACCUCCGCACGACUUGAUAGUUGAGGAGCUUACUCGUUGUAGUAGGUUCUUAAGGUAGAGAAUAUUCAUAAUUGUAGCUGAGGACUCACUUCUGAAGCACCGAAACCAUCCAGUGACGAAAAGAAGUUAUUCACGCUACCAUACUUCGAUUGUAGAGGCUAUUGUGCUCUGAUUGAGACAUUCUGGAGAUAGGUAUACAUACGAUAGAUAUUAAGCGCCCCAGGGCAAGUGAAUACGUGCGUGCGCAAUGUAGUCUUUUUCUUGUGACUUUUGGGUUUCCGUUGGCGUCUGAAUUUUUCUGCUUGACUGCUCAACGUCUACGACAUGUUGUCCAUUCUACCCACCCUGUAACAAAGAAAUCACACCUGAGCUUCCUCGCAAAUAGGGAUCUCCUUUCGGUUAAAGCGGAUAUACAUAGUACUUAACUGGAUUGAUCAAUC